UCUCCUUCAUACAUUCAGAAAUGUAGUGCUCAUACUUACAAUCAUAUGACAGAAAUGGCCAGUGACAGGGUCCAUGCUGUGUUACCUGACCCUCCUAGUCAAAGUGAAGAGGAGAACAAAGAAGAAGAGAAGGCUUUUCGGAAUAUCUUUGCUGAGUUAGAAUCUGUAGACCUUCCUCUUGGAGCCACCUUAAGGUCCAUUUACGAUGACCAGCCCAACGCCCACAAGCGCUUCAUGGAAAAGCUGGAUGCCAGGAUCAGGAACCAUGACCGCGAAAUUGAGAAGAUGUGCAAUUUCCACCACCAAGGCUUCGUGGACGCCAUCACGGAGCUGCUCAAAGUCCGCGCUGAUGCUGAGAAACUGAUGGGUCAAGUGACGGACACUAAUCGAAGACUCCAAGAGGCUGGGCGGGAGGUGACGGCUCAGACAGAGGAGGUGAUCCGCUGUCGGAUCCAGCAGAGGAACAUGGCCACCACUGUGGAGAAGCUCCAUCUCUGUAUACCAGUGCUAGAAAAGUACAGUAAACUAAAGGAGCAGCUCGAGUCCAAAAGGUACUAUGCUGCAUUGAAGACCAUGGAGCAGUUGGAGAAGGUCUUCAUUCCCAGGGUAAGUCAGUACAGGUUCUGUCAGAUCAUGGCUGAAAACCUGCCCCGACUGAGAGAGGAGAUCAAGGAGAUCUCCAUGUCCGACCUCAAGGACUUCCUGGAGAGCAUCAGAAAACACUCCGACAAGGUUGGCGAGACCGCUAUGAGACAGGCACAGCAGCACAGGACCUUUAACAGUGCAGUAGCCAAGCAGGCUAGUAUUGGCCACUACUCUAAGCCUGUGUACUCCCUCAACGGGCGAACACACACUCACAACGGCCUGAUGAUGAACGACGAAGCUGGAGAGGAGGAGGAAGCAGAUGAAGAGGUUCUUACAGCUCAGGACCUGGUGGACUUCUCACCUGUCUACAGGUGCUUGCACAUUUACACUGUGCUGGGUGACCGAGAAACAUUUGAGAACUACUACAGAAAACAGAGGAAGAAACAGGCCCGGCUAGUGUUACAGCCACAGGCUAACAUGCAUGAGACAGUGGAAGGUUACAGAAGAUACUUCAAUCAGAUAGUAGGGUUCUUUGUUGUGGAGGACCAUAUUCUCCAUGCCACACAGGGACUGGUGACCAGAGUUUUCACUGAUGAACUGUGGAACAUGGCGCUGUCCAAGAUCAUCGCUGUGCUCCGCACACACUCUUCGUACUGUGAUGACCCAGACCUGGUCCUGGAGCUGAAGAACCUCAUAGUCAUCUUCGCUGACACACUACAGGGUUAUGGUUUCCCAGUCAACCGUCUGUUUGACCUGCUGUUUGAGGUCAGAGACCAGUACAAUGAAACUCUCCUGAAGAAGUGGGCCCUGGUUUUCAGGGAGAUUUUUGAGUUGGACAACUACAGUCCCAUCCCAGUGGAGACAGAGGAGGAGUAUAAACUGGUAGUCAGCCGCUUUCCCUUCCACGAUGCUGAGAUUGAGAAGCAGGAAUUUCCAAAGAAGCUACCGAUGUCCCAGUCCGUCCCUCAGAUCUACACUCAAGUCAAAGAGUUAAUUUAUGCCAGCCUCAAGUUUUCUGAGUCACUACACCGGAGUUCUACAGAGAUUGACGACAUGUUGCGAAAAUCCACCAACCUGCUGCUGACAAGAACGCUCAGCAGCUGUCUGCAAAACCUCAUCAAGAAACCUCACAUAGGACUGACUGAGCUGGUGCAGAUCAUCAUCAACACCACCCACCUGGAGCAGGCCUGCAAGUAUCUGGAGGAGUUCAUAACAAACAUCACCAAUGUCUCCCCUGAAACCGUACACACCACUAGACUUUAUGGAUUGUCCACGUUCAAGGAUGCUCGUCACGCUGCAGAGGGAGAGAUUUAUACCAAACUCAACCAGAAGAUUGAUGAGUUCAUCCAGCUAGCGGACUACGAGUGGGGAAUGUCUGAGUCGGACGGCCGGGCCUCUGGAUACCUCAUGGACCUGAUAAACUUCCUGCGUUCCACUUUCCAGGUCUUCACACAUCUCCCGAAUAACAACAAUGACCAUGCAUCGAUGUCGGGUAAAGUGGCCCAGACGGCUUGUAUGUCAGCCUGCAAGCACCUGUCCACAUCACUGAUGCAGAUGCUGCUGGAUACAGACCUCAAACAGAUCAGUAUGGGUGCCAUUCAACAAUUCAACUUAGACGUCAUUCAGUGUGAAUUGUUUGCCAGUUCUGAGCCAGUCCCUGGCUUCCAAGGGGACACACUCCAGCUGGCUUUCAUCGACCUUCGACAGCUUCUGGAUCUGUUUAUGGUGUGGGACUGGUCUACUUACCUGGCGGACUACGGCCAACCGACCUCCAAAUACCUGAGGGUGAACCCAGCCACCGCCCUGGCUCUGCUGGAGAAAGUCUACAGGGGGAUGAAGGACACCAGUAAGAAGAACCACAUCUUCUCUCAGUUCAGGAAGAACGAUCGAGACAAACAGAAAUUGAUAGAGACUGUGGUCAAACAGCUGAGGAGCCUUGUCAAUGGAAUGUCCUCCUAAAACAUGUGUGCAUCACUGUCUCAUGCACACACAAAACUGCCAAGACACGCACCGAGGAUGGAGAUAUUCGCACAUUUAAUGAAGUGAAAACCGAAAGGGACGGAUAUGCCGCUUAUACACACACACACACACCACAUAGAGGCACAGCAAUAGAGUCACUGUCCAAGGCAUGCAGGGACCACACACGCAUGGUGAAUACUGGAUGUAAAUAACACAAAUAUACUGAACAAUUUUUCAAGUCAAUUAAAGAAAAAGCAUGUAAUACAUUCAUCAUUCUUCCACUUUGGCUUCCAACAUCUAUUAGUUAGUGUCGGAGUGUCCUAACUUAUAAUAUCUCCUAGGACGGGGACAGUAACCCAGCGUUGUGAGCUCCUUCAUCUCUGAAGUAAGCAUUUGGAAGAACGGUAGACACCAACAAUGUGCAAAGGCAUACGUUUCCCUCAUUCCGUGGCUGUGCCCCCAAUGUUGAAUUAUUUUGGACUCAUUUUUCAAUUGUUGUACUUAAUGUGUUUGAUUAGCAGAGGAGUUGUUGAUUGUGGCCAAGUUCAACUCAUUGUCCCAGUACUCGGACUGUUGCUUUGUCGUCUCAAAAGACUGAUGCGUAUUUUAAAAAAGCACAUUUCUGAAGGCCAUGUAGACCAAUGCCUUGAAACAAAGCCUUUGACACCCAGUUUAAUUUGUGUUGUCUGCACACAAGAAACAAGGCUGGGACUCUGGCUGGAGAUCUUCUUGAGGAUUGGUCCAUCUUUGACAACACAGCAAGUGUCCAAAUAAUGCAAUCUUUUACAAUAAAGAUGGUCGUGAGCAAAGGCUCCAAGGACAUGAUGAGGAUAUGGGAUUGGUGUUGUAGUGGCACACAAACAAAUAAAUUCAAUUCAAUUAACGUUAGUAGAACAAAAGAAAAGUUGACCUCAAUAAUUAAAGUGUGUUAAUCUUUGUUUGCAAACAACAUUAUCAUGUUAACCUAUGUUAUUGUGGAAUAUAUAUAUAUAUAUACAUACAUACAUACACACACACACACUGGUCAAAAUUCAAUUCAAUGAGUGUGUGUCAAAACAUUUGACUGGCACAGUAUAUAUAUUUAACAGUCCAAUAUAUUUCCUUCUUAAUUCUUUCUUUUUGUUUCUCAGGAUGAAAUGAAGCUUUAGAAUCGUAUAACCCAUGUAUAUUUACAAAGCACAGCAAUAAUGAAUUGGUGGCUUUCCAGCCAUGCAGGCAGAUUGAUGUUUAUUUAAAACCUGCAGAUGACUGAUGACAACAUUUUGUAAUGCAACAGUUUCUAUUCUGUUUAUGUUUUGGGUCUGUGGUCUUUUUUCAGCAGGCAGUUUUGCACUGAAAUCUUUUUGUUCCGCCUUUUUUUUUUUUUAAAUGUUCUUGUAAAUUAAAAUGUAUAUACUGCAUAUUUUGUAAAGAUAUCUCAGCAGUCUACUGCAGAGUUGGAGGUUGACACUGUGAUAUGGACCUCCAUCUAUACCUAGGUAAAUAUGUUAAUAAGAGUUUGCGUUUGUUGCUUACCUAUUUAACACGGUCAGUAGUUUGCAGAGCUCUUUUUCUUUUGGUACCUUCUCUCUACUUAUUAGCAUGGUUUAGGUUAUGAAAAAUUCUCCAUAAUGUUCUAGCUUAGACCCUAAGUAAUAUUCCAAUAUGGAGUAAUUAAGAGAGGCAAACUAAAUGCUCAUCAAUGUUUUCCAAGAAAUAAAGGACACAUCCAAAUUCAGUUUUAGUCAAAGGGUCUCUGGGCACACACCUCCUGGGGGGUUCAGCCCAUGGGGCUAAACUGGUGCUCCUAGUUUGGAGGUGUGUACAUGGCGAUUAACCUUAAACCUUCAAAUGAAAAGCCAGGAAGCAAAUAUAAUAAAAGCCGGGCCAGGUCUAACAAAUACAUGAAUAAAUAUUGCAAUGCAUUAGAAUAUUGCACAUUUUCACUAAUUCCAUCAGUACCGCAGCAUGGGUAUGUCUGAGAGGACAUACAGUUGGGGGGACUGCUACAGUUGGGUAACCAAAUCAAACAUGUUGUUGAUGAAUGGUUGAUGAAAGAUUGCCCACUGGCCAGAUACGUGAAACGGUUCACAUAUCCUCAUGAUAAUAGACCCAACGUGUUUGCUGUUGCUAAUUAGCUGUAUAUAGAUGUAACUUUAGAACCCGGAAUAAAGCCCUGGCUCUCUGCAUUUAAAGUCAACGUUAAUAGUAAUUUUAUUUUAUUCACGUCUUGUGUGUGACAAAAUCAAAACUCACUCUGUGAUCUUUUAUUUUGGCACAAAACAAAUCGAGGCCACUGAUUAUUUGAAUGAGGAGGCUGCCCUUCCUCAGAAGUGGAGAGCUGGUACAUUUUGAUAUCCAAAGGAAUCCUUGCUUUACCUUUGCCAUUGUUCUCAGUGAGACUCGGAUGGUGUUUUUCCUAAAUUUGUUCUUAUUUUGUGUGCUGUAAUAAAGGUUUAUUCAACAAUAA